UGGGUAAUUUUCUGCACCGUGUUGUUAAUAAAGCGCACACGGCCUCUCGUUCAUCACGGGUUUGUCUCGAGUGGUGUGACGGAGGGAUGGUGAGGUUCUUCUCCCAGUCCUGAUAACACAGAGAGAGAGAGAGAGUCUUCUAUCAGCUGCAGUGUGUUACAGGUGUGAUGGAUGUACAGGUGUGUUUUGCGCUCUCAUUGGUCGCUUUGUUGGCCGUCGUGGACGCUCAGGUGCCUCACUGGGGGGCGUGUCCCGAACCGAGCACUCAGCCUGCCUUCAACCUCAAACGGUUUAUGGGACGCUGGUUCGAGGUGGCGAAACUCCCGGCACAGUUUGAGAAGGGGAGAUGUAUUGAGACGAACUUCACGCUGACAUCUGAGGGGUCGGCUCUCGUACAGAGCUCCGAGAUUCUAAAAGGUGAAGUGAGGAGGAUUGAAGGAACUGCUGUUGUUGAAGACCAGAGGAACCCAGCUAAACUGGGCAUCAGCUUUUCAUACGUUCUCCCCUACACUCCGUACUGGAUUCUCUCCACGGAUUAUGUCAGCUCGGCCGUGGUGUACUCGUGCACGGACGUUCUCAGGAUCUUCCACGUGGACUUUGCUUGGAUAUUGGGCCGCGACCGCACUCUGCCCGAGUCCACCAUUCAGCGUGCUAAAGCCAUUUUCAUGGAGAACCGCAUCGACGUGAGCCGCAUGAUCGCCAGCUCACAGGAGGACUGCGGCAGAACCGUGUGGAACCGGGCUGUGUUUCAGUCCUCUCUGUAGUGCGCCCUCGCUCAAGUUCCCUUGGUCCUGAUCAUUAGAGUUGUUCUGUUUAUUACAUAUCAUUUCUUCUGCACAAAUUCAGCUCAUAGUGGAACCACACACACACAGGCUUCUACAAUCACACUUGUCAAACAGCGGUUAGAAUCUAAAACCUGCACAUUCUAGAUUGCAUAUUUCCAGCACUGUGCUGUCUGAGGAAGUUAGAACCAGACUCUCUUUCGCACAGAAACAUUUUAGAAUUCCAGAGAAUUCACAAAAAAGACUCUAGAACUUCCUUUACACUGCAAUAUGAAUUUUAGAACUUUUACUGUGAGGAUUGUAGUAUUCUAGAAUUGAGGAUGCUCAAAUUAGAUCCUCAGUAAACAUCCUAGAACCUUUGUAGUCUGGAGAACUCUAUAUUCUAUAUAUAAAUUCUAUAACCGUGAUCUGAAUUCCAGAACUUUGGCUAUGAGGAUUCUAGAACCUAACCUAACCUAAAUGCUGGAACCAGAUUCCCCAGGAGACGUUAGGAUCCUGUGAUUGCAGUCUGAAUCGGGGAACAUUUGCACUGGGUAUUGUAGAAUUCUAGAACCGUGCUCUCUGAGGGUGCUAGAGCCAGCCAGACUCCCAGUGAGGAUUCUAGAACCUCUUGCACUGGAAACCCUGAAGGGUCCGAUUGUUACCUGAAUGCUGGAAAUGUGGCUCUGAGAGUACGAGAAUUCUAGAAUGUUGCUAGUACCAGCAAAAGAUUCUAGAAGUUACUUUAGAAUGAGGAUUCUGUAACUGCCAUCUGAACUCUAAAACCGUGCUACCUCAGGACGCUAGAACCCGUGUCCUGAAGAUGUAAAAAUUUUCCUGUGAUCUAGAACCUUUGAACAGAGGUUUCUAGAACUCUAGAACCAACAUGCAUAGGCCAGACACCAUGAUGUGAAAUUACACAACCUGCACAAUGAUGAAUCUAGAACUACAAUCAUGAUAGAACCUUGACAGUGAGAGUCAAAUCCUCAUCUACAUUACUUGCACUGUGUGUGUUUCUGAUACUUAGUGUUUAUAGUUAACUGAGUCACGUGAUGCAUGCGCUUUCUAACUCACUGAUCCUGUAUGAAACGAGAAACACGAAAAUAAAUUUCCUAAACCACCAUCAUGCUCUCAGUGUGUCUCCUGUACUCCGUCCCCGUGUGGCCACUCGGAGAACUGUAGCUGAUCAGAAUCUGAAUCUUUUCAGUGAGUCAGGUUAUUUGACUCGGCUCCCCAGAAGAGUCGACUCUUUCAGCGACCAAACGGAUCGUUCUUCUAAACCAGAAAAAGUUUGCAACAUUACAAGUACUGUUAUUUUUUUGUGUAAUUGCGGCUGGAAUUCACACAUCAGUGAAAUCUUCACUUUCUAAAUGAACAGAAUGAUGUUACUGUUGGCUGCAUUUAAAAAAUAUAUAUUUUAAUCACAGUUAAACGAGUAACCCUGAUGUGAAGAAACCCAGUGAGUCACUGAGAGGACUGGGGACAGGAAAUGAGAACAGCACACAGCUUGGAAGAGUUUAUUUAAGUUUUUCAGGGGUUAAACAUAUAGUGUGUGUGUGUGUGUGUGUGUGUGUGUGUGUGUGUGUGUGUGU